AUGGACCCGGAGAGCCGACUAGCUGCUGCAGCAGCAAAGCAGGAUCCUGCGCGCGACAGGGCGCGCCGCGAGGACGCCGAAAGGCAGGAGCUGCUGGCUGGCGCCGCGGCGCGGAGGGCGCCCGCGCGGCCCGCCGUCGACGACCCCGCGGACCGCGAGGCCGCGAUCCAGCAGGCGCGGCGGACGCACGCCGAUACCACCGCGUCGGCCCUGCGCGCGCAGAAGAUUGCGGAGGACACGCGCGAGACGGCUGUCGCCACCAACGCAGCGCUGCAACAACAGCGCCGGGUGCUCGAAGGCGCCGUGGGUGCGUCCGGCGUGCGGUGGGCCUGUGCCGGUCGGCGACCGCACGUCCGUGUUGACCUUGAUGCCUAG